UAGAAACAAGUUAGAAGUUUCAGACAGCUCAAGACUCUCUCCUCCUAUCAAUAGGAUUUCCUGCCGAUUUUUUCACGAUUUCCCCGCCAUCUUCUGAAUCUAUCCAAUAUCGCAUCUCAAUUUUCAGGUGUUUUGGAUUCGUUGGAGAUGGCAAGAGAAUGAGGAUUUGCCCGCGAUUAUGUCUCUAUCUUACUCCGAUUGCUCCUCCGACCUCCUUUGUUGCGAGGAUGCCGGAAUCUUGGACGGAGACUCGCCGGAAUACUCUCAAGAAAUUGAAUAUCCUGCCGAUACCAAGGAGUCCAUUGCCGGUUUCGUCGAAGACGAAGGAGACUACGUGCCGGAACUCGAUUACCUCGCCAGGUUUCAGUCUCGAUUGCUGGAUGCUUCAGCAAGGCAGGAGUCCGUUGAAUGGAUCCUCAAGGUACAUGCGUUCUACCAUUUCCAUCCAGUAACGGCGUAUCUUUCCGUCAAUUAUCUGGAUCGGUUUCUAGCUUCUGAUCGCCUCCCGCAAGCAAAGGGGUGGCCAUUACAACUUUUAUCAGUUGCCUGCUUGUCAUUGGCUGCUAAGAUGGAGGAACCCCUUGUUCCUUCCCUUUUGGAUCUCCAGGUUGAAGGUGCAAAGUUUAUCUUCGAACCAAGAACUAUACAAAGGAUGGAGCUCCUUGUCCUUACCGCCUUGGACUGGAGGCUACGGUCCAUCACACCCUUCAACUUUAUUAACUACUUUGCCUACAAAGUUGAUUCCACUGGGAGCCUUACUGCUUUCCUUGUUUCACGAGCCACACAAAUUAUCCUAGCCAUUAUACGAGAGAUCAGUUUUCUAAAUUAUUGGCCGUCAUCAGUAGCUGCAGCUGGCAUACUUUGUGCGGCCAAAGAAAUUCCAAAUCUAUCUCUUCUUGUUAACCCUGGGAUUGCUGUAUCGUGGUGCGAUGGACUAAGCAAAGAAAGGAUUGUCAGUUGCUACAGGUUAAUGCAACAACUUGUGGUUGACAAUCGCCGGAGAAAGCCCCCAAGAGUCCUACAACAGCUCCGAGUAACGACUCCCACCGGAAUCGAUUCUGCUGAUUCAUCUUCUUCAUCCUCCUCAUCCUCCAACAAAAGAAGAAAACUGAAUAACUGCUUAUGGGUAGAUGAUGACAAAGACAGACUUUGAGAUGAACCACUGGAAUAAUGGAUGGAAACGAGAGAGAGAGAGAGAGAGAGGAGAAAGGAAAUAAAUAAUAUUUGGUGGGUGGUCCACGCCUGUCCGAAAUCCUCAUUAUUUUUGGGAGGAUUUAGAGAUUAAUUUGACUUGAAAAAUGUUAGUUUAGAUGAUGUAUGAGAGCUUUGAAAGCUGGGGAUCUUUUUUCUUUAAUUUGUGUGUGAGAGUGUGAGUGAUUGAGUUGCCAUUGAUCAAAUGGUUUGGUGAUAGGAGUGCAGAUUCCCAAGGGAUGGGAAUUUAUUAAAUCUGUAAUUUCUUCUUUUAGAGAGUGGGAUAAGUUUAAAAGUGGACUGGAGUCAUGGAGUAUGUAUGAAGUGGGUGAUUGAAUUCAAAGGAAGCAUCGAUUGUUUAAUGAAAGGGAAGAGACGGUGGGGUGGGGAUGGAGGGGCCAUUCGGAGAUGGAGGGAAUGAAAGAGAAAGCUAUCAAAGUGGGUUGGCAUUUGGCAAAGUAAGGAGGAAUUGAAGUUUGAGUUGGUGAUGUGUAUGAAUGGUCGGUCAGUUUCUCUCAUUCAGGGAACCAUCAUUACUUCAACAGAAAUUUAACAAAGGAAAAUAAAAAUGGCUCCACGUAUACUUUUGGGAGUGGUAUGUCAUAUGUGUGUCCAUGUUUUAUGGUUGCGUGAUCACACGAGUGUAUGUGUGUUUUAUUUGGCGGGAAUGGCCCAAAUCGGGCCAUGGCCUAACUAUACCAGACUCUUUUUUUUUUUAUUAUUCGGAGUGGUUUUCCACACGAGCGUGUAUUCAUUUCUUUCUUUGCUUUUCUAAUUUCUUUUUCUUGGGAGGGGAGGAAGUCCCUCUUGGGAAGGCCGGAGUUUGGCCUAACAAAUAGAAAGGUCUUUGGGGCCUUUUAGGCGUGUUGUAUUUGUUGAUAUAAGGAUAGAAUUUUAUAGUUGAUUACAUAUAAUUAUUUCUUUCAGUCUGGA